AAUUUAAACAUAUCAAACUUAACCUAAACAUAUUUGAACAUUGUAUAAUGUUGACCGAAUGUAAAUUCUGCUAAGGCAUUUACAAUAAUGGGGGUGAAAUAUCUAUGGAGCAUUGUGGAACCUAUUUGCAAAGAGAAACCUGUGGCAGAACUAUUUGGAAAACGAUUAGCCAUAGACACUGCUUGCUGGGUUGUCAGUGACAAUCAAGUUUUGCCAUCACAUAUAGCAAAGCCUCAUUUAAGAAAUCUUUUCUUUAGAACUGCCUCUCUUUUGGAGAAUGGCAUAGAUCCAAUAUAUGUCCUAGAAGGUAAAGCCCCAGAACUGAAGAGAAAAGUAAUGAAAAAAAGAAACGAGGCAAGAUUUGGAACAUGUCAAACAAUCACAUCUGGGUCAGCUAGUACCACCCAAAACUCAACUGGACGUUGUAGAUACAAAUUUAUUCAACAAGAAUGCAAGGAACUGCUUACUGCAUUGGGAGUUAUCACCAUAACUAGCAUGGGGGAAGCGGAAGCCGCAUGUGCUGGCCUUAACCGUCAAGGAGCAGUAGAUGGAUGUAUCACCGUCGAUGGUGAUGCCUUUUUAUACGGCGCAAAAAUUGUUUAUCGCAAUCUUAGCACGGACAUAACCAAUUUUGUUUGUCAAGAGUAUUCAAUGGAUUUGAUAGAGACUCGUCUGAAUUUAUCCCGGGACAAACUUGUUGCAAUGGCCAUAUUAUUCGGAUGCGACUAUUUGCCCGAUGGAGUACCUGGAGUUGGAAAAGAAUCUGCUCUUCGCGUGCUUUCAACCUGGAAAAAUGGCCAGGCUUUAGAAAUCCUAAAAUCGUGGGUUUCCGAGGAAACUUUUAGCGAUAGCAUUCCCCUACGCCCUGCGCACUGUUCGCAAUGUAAACAUCCGGGUUCCUUACGCGCUCACGCAAAAUCUGGCUGCCUACAAUGUAAAACAACAAGUGUUGGAUGCAAACCGUCGAGUAGAGUUUGCCACUGUGAAUGGCACCUUAACGAGGUCCACUAUGAAGAAGUAGCUAUCCGUGAGAAAAUGAAGCGUUUAAAGGAAUUAAAUCUAGAAGAAAUUUUCGACGAGUUCAAAAAUGAAGAUCAUUUGAACAGAAAGUGUGGUGAUAUCCAGCCGUGGCAAAUGCCUUGUAUUCAGACAUUUCUUGAUAUCGCCACAAAGAAGCUCAAGUGGGAACCGCACUAUGCAGCCGCCAAAGUUCUCCCACUUUUAAGUCGAUGGAUUAUUAUUCACGGAAAAAAUCAUUGUCAAAAGCAAUUUGCAGUUACACCGCUGCGUAUUUUGAAGAAGCGAGUUAAGCGUGGAUGUCCGAUGUAUGAAGUCGAAUGGAAGUUUAAUAAUGAGAACGAAAAUUUCCCUAGCAAUUUCAACACCUUGGAGCCACAGUUUUUGAUCGAAAAAGAUUUUUUUUUUUUGAUACCAGUACCCGUACCAAAACCCUUGAAACCAAGCAGAAGGAAAAAUGCUUCAAAAAUAAUUAAACCAUGUGACGAUGUGAGGAAACUUGAUGUGGUGGAAAUGUUCAGAAAUAUGAAUCUCGAGACCAGAAAAAAACUAAAUUCAUCAACUGUAUCAGAAGAUUCGAGCCUCUUUGAUUUAUCAGGGGGAACGGAUGACUCCGAUUUGUCUGCUAUAGUAAACCAUAUUUGUAACAAAAAAACAAAAUCUGCUGACAAUGGUCGAAUACCCGAUUCCGAUCCAGAUUUUCAUUUCCAUGAAGAAAAAUCGAGUUUCACGUCAAGCCCGUCGAAGUCCCCUGUGCUGCCACAAGAUUCGCUAUGCAACUAUAUGAUUCAGAAACUUGAUCUGCAACGACGUGACGAACGCCCACUUCCAAAUUUCAGCUUAAAUUUCUCGCUUGGGAAAUUUUUGGAAACCUCUAGUACUGUCGCACAUUCUCGGUUAAAUGAUACUAAUUCUGCAGUCAUGUUUUCUACACCCUUGAAGCAGUCAAGUAAUUCAAAGGAAAACGCCGAGCAAGAUAGUUUCGCCACUCCUUCUCCAUUGGCGGAGCGCUUCAGUCGCGUCCGCAUUUAACAAGAACAUCUCUCAAGAGUAUUUUUCAACAAAUUAAAAAUUUUUUCAUGAAAACGUUUCGACAAUGACUGAAACAACUGCAAAGAAGAAAACAAUAAACUUGCAACAUG